UCCAGGCCGCCAGACACUUCUCCUGUUACUAUCUCUCUCUUUUUUUCAAUUACGACGAUUUCAUCUACGAUUGCGACAAUUCGAUCGAAGAUCGGAGCAAUGGAGAUAGUAGCGAAGGACGUGCGAUCGGCGGCGGUGCGGAUCGGCGGCGGCGUGGAUUCGCAGCGGACGGAUCUGGAAUCGGUGUGCGAGAAGGUGAGCGCAAUCGUCUCCGGCAACGCGGUGGUCGUCUUCACCAUCAGUGGCUGCUGUAUGUGCCACGUCGUCAAGCAGCUCCUCUUCGGCCUCGGCGUCGGUCCGACGAUCGUCGAGCUCGACCGCGAGGCAGCCGGCGGACCGAUCCUCUCGCUGCUGCACCGCCUCGCCGGCGGAGACAAGGCUGUGCCGGCGGUGUUCGUCGGCGGGAAGUUUCUCGGCGGGAUCGAGACGGUGAUGGCUUGCCACAUCAACGGAUCGCUGGUGCCGCUUCUCAAAAACGCCGGUGCUCUGUGGCUUUGAUUGAUUUCUGAUGCUUAAUUCACCUAACUGUUUUAACUGGUGAUUGUUAUUUGAUCAUAUAUGCAUGGAGAAUUUGUGUUAUGUUUAUGAGAUGGUGACAUAUUUCAUGUACAUAUAAAUCAUGAUGCUAUUGAUUAGCCAUAUGUUGCCAUCCAUUGCCAAACUUUAUUAUAAAAAAAAUCAUUGCUAAUAUAUUAAAUUACUACUAUAGUUGUUUCAUACUA